UGGCGUCAAAAUGGCCGCCUAGUUGUCACAACAGAAACAGGGAACAUGUGAAGACGAUACUUUUAAUAUUUACGAAAUGGCAGUAACUGAUUCCUGUCCAGCUUUUUCAGCGUUUGAGAAACAAUUGAAGACGCUUUGUCUCAGGGAAUUUCCUUGUGGAUUAGGCACAUGGAGACGAUCUCAACGCAAGACAGAAUCAUUGCCGAGGAAGAAAACUUUGCCUAAAAGAAGCAUUAAUCCAGUAUCUGUUUCCUCUGAUAAACUUGAUUCACAGUUCGCCAUAACAUUGAAAGAUUAUGGCGCCAAUCAUGAGAAGAUGGAGACUCUAGAGGAAUAUGUUGGAUCCAGAUUCUCCCCAUGGCACCUCGACUACAGCUGGUCGCAGGAAGCACGCGAACUCCGUGAGAUCGCUGUCAAAUCCCCCUGGCUGAUUGAUGAUAGCUUUGUUCUCAACUACUUCAAGACACUUCGAAUUGUAGACAAAAAUGUAACAGAGGUAGAUGAAGAUUUGUUAAAGUUCAAGAAUCUAGAAGAAUUGACUUUAAGUGCAAAUCAUAUCAAGAACAUCGGCUCCAAGAACCUCCCAGAGUCACUGAAGGUGUUGGAGCUGUGUGCUAAUGAAAUCAGUGACAUAUCUGCACUGUGCAUCAACCCCCCACUCCUGACUCACCUUGGACUGGGCCACAACAACAUAGCCUUCAUAGGGGACUACAUCACUGGCGACUACUGGCCAUGUCUUCUGUCGCUGGACCUCAGUCACAAUGACCUCAGUGACCUGUUAGAUGUUGUUCGGAAACUAGGCACACUGCCCAAGCUCCGCAACCUCAUAUUACAAGGCAACCCACUGUCGUUGAUACCCGGUUACCGUGGUUACACAAUUGACUCGCUGAGGAAGUUGAGCAUCUUGGAUGAUAUCAGGAUAUCAGCAGAUGAGAAGCAUCAUUUCAAGGGGUUGGCAAGACGGAGAGAGUAUGUACUGGAUGAAGCUAAGGUCACCAUAGAAGUGUCCCAGAUGACCGGUGUACCUCUACCUGAAGAACUUAAGAACCCAGAGGAGCAGCCUGAGUUCCCCAUCAUAGAGAGGAAGUACUACGUGGAGUUCAUGUUCCUUGAGGAUUCUGGCUCCAAGGCAGAGGUGUUGCAUGUCCCAGAUGAUGUCACCGAGUUGCCCCUCUUGCCGGGGACAGAUGGGCGUCACCUGGGAGCUUCCCCCGACUUGUCUGACCUUGGUGUUGGGUCACAAGGUGACAGGUCAAACUUCAGCCAGCAGGAGAAGAGUGUCUGCUUCACCAGUAAACCUGAUCUUGAGACAGUGCAAGAACUGACAGCGAUGCCUUUUUCGGUACUUGGGGGAGAGUCUCUGGCCGAUGACUUCAUGGAGGAGGAACCGGGGCACAUCCAGCUGCUCCAGCGCCAGAUGAGACUCGGUCCACUGAGAUCACCAGGCCAGGCUUGGGCCGAGGAGAUAGAGGUGAACUGGUCCAGCACACAGGUCAGGGAUGACCUGCACAAUCUGCGGGACUUCUUCACCCAGGGCAUGGAGUUCUCGGUGGUGGAGCAAAUGGUGCAGUGCUUCCCCCUGGAGGAGGAGGAUGGGGACCGGGCCAGUGUGGCUGGGUCAGUGAAGAAGGGCAAGGACGACAAGAAUGCCAAGGGAGAUAAGAAGGGCAAGCCUGAGCCCAAGAAAGAGGACAAAAAGAAGAAGAAGAAAGAGCCGGAGGUUGAGUUGAGGCGGACAGAGCCCCAGCUGACCACUCUGGCCACGUUCCACGUCCACUUGGACGACUUCCUGGAGGGGGACUUCGAGAUGGUGUCAGUGUUCUCGCAGGGGGGCGUGGAAACAGCAGCAUCAACAGUCUGCACAGAAUCCCCUGAAGUUGGCAGAAAGGAGAAUAAGAAGGACAAGGAUCUCAAAGACAAGAAGGCCACAAAGUCGCCCUCACCAAUCAAGAAGGACAAAGGAAAAGAUGCAGGGAAAGCAGGGGGCAAGGUCAAGGACGCCGAUAAGAAAGAUGGUGGCAAGAAGGGCAAGGCUACAGCUCCCACCCCACCAGUAGAGGAGGGAGAGGAUGUCCCCCCUCCCCCCCUAGAGGUGCAUGUGUCGGUGAGGCUGCACCACUGGAAGACGGCCAUGGACUCCCUGAAGGAGGAGGAGGAGCAGAGAGACAAGGAACAGGACUAGACCAACAUGGCCGACACCUCCAGGCUCAAAUUGUAUACCUUUAUCUUUUGUACAAAAUGAUUCGAUUUUGAAGGUUCCACUGAAGAUAUGUUGUCAAGUGGGCAAAUGAAAGCCUUGAGAGAAGUAUGGUGAUUAAUUUUUGACAAAUAUUUUUUUGCCAUUAACUUUUAGAAAAACUUACCAUGAGUUUGUACAAUGUUGUAGGCUUCAAUUGUCUGGUUACCAGUGGUAAUGUUUGAAGCAGAAGAUGCCUUAAUGUGUGCCUUUGUGUAUAAUUGUAUAAAUAUUAACAGGCAGAGGUUUUUUAUGCACAAUAUUGCACCACCAA